GGUCCCUUCAAUCUCUCUGCGCAAUCAAACUGCGGUGGCCAACCCCGGAAGCGGCGGCGGGCAAAGCGCGCGACGCAGAGAAGCGUAACUUCAGGCCGCCGGUCGCUCUACGCAUCCUGCUCCCCGUUCUCGUCGGAGAUCCACCGGGGCAGCCUUUCUUUCCCCUUCCUCAAUCAAGUCGAUCCAAUUUCGCGCGCGGGUCGGGCUCGCCUUCUCCUCCAGUCUCCACCUCCACCAGCGCUCGAGGUCGACGGACGCUACUCGCAGCAGUUCUUCUUUGCGGUGCGGCCGAGAAGAAGCUAAGGCUCAGGCAUGAGCUUCCGGGACCAGGAGAGUGGCGGGGAGGAUGGGGGCAGGACGUCCUCCGCCUCCGACCUGCGGAAGCCGCUCAUCAACACCGGGAGCUGGUACCGCAUGCCGCCGGCGGGUGGCGUGAUGGGCUCGCGGCAAUCUAGCCUCAUGGAGCGAUUGGGCUCCUCUGCGUUCUCUCUCCGCGACGUCGCUAUCUCGGCGACGCUCUGCACGCUCAUUGUCGCGCUAGGUCCCAUCCAGUUCGGUUUCACAUGUGGCUACUCCUCACCCACGCAGGACGCCAUCAUUGCUGACCUUGGCCUCUCCCUCUCUGAGUUCUCCCUCUUCGGUUCAUUAUCUAAUGUAGGGGCGAUGGUAGGCGCCAUCUCCAGUGGGCAACUUGCAGAGUAUAUCGGCCGCAAGGGGUCUCUCAUGAUCGCUGCGAUUCCAAACAUAAUUGGGUGGCUCGCGAUAUCAUUUGCAAAAGAUUCCUCUUUCUUGUUUAUGGGUCGGCUGCUAGAAGGAUUUGGAGUUGGUGUAAUAUCGUAUACAGUACCGGUUUAUAUUGCAGAAAUCGCUCCUCAAGAUCAGAGGGGAGCUCUUGGUUCUGUCAAUCAGCUCUCCGUCACGAUUGGUAUAUUGCUUGCCUAUUUGUUUGGCAUGUUUGUUCCCUGGAGAAUUCUUGCUGUUCUAGGCAUUUUACCCUGUUCAAUCCUGAUUCCUGGACUGUUCUUUGUCCCUGAAUCCCCAAGGUGGUUGGCAAAAAUGGGGAAGAUGGAGGAUUUUGAAUAUUCAUUGCAAGUUCUGCGAGGAUUUCAGACAGAUAUCACAGCAGAAGUAAAUGAAAUAAAGAGAUCAUUAGCAUCAUCGAGGAGGAGGACAACCAUAAGGUUCGCUGAUAUCAAACAGAAGAGAUACAGUGUUCCCCUUGUGAUAGGAAUCGGUCUCCUUGUCCUGCAGCAGCUAAGUGGUGUCAAUGGCAUUCUAUUUUAUGCUGCGAGCAUCUUCAAAGCUGCUGGUAUUACAAACAGUAAUCUAGCAACAUUUGGUUUAGGGGCUGUUCAGGUGAUUGCUACUGGAGUGACAACCUGGUUGACUGACAAAGCUGGUCGAAGGCUUCUUCUCAUUAUUUCCACCACAGGAAUGGUCAUUACUCUUGUUAUUGUUUCUGUGUCAUUUUUUGUGAAGGACAACAUAGCUGCUGGUUCGCACUUAUACUCUGUAAUGAGUAUGCUUUCACUGGCUGGACUUGUGGCAUUUGUGAUUGCAUUUUCUCUUGGCUUGGGAGCGAUUCCGUGGAUCAUUAUGUCUGAGAUCCUUCCUGUUAACAUCAAGAGCCUUGCUGGAAGUGUUGCGACCCUGGCGAACUGGCUGACAGCAUGGGCCAUUACAAUGACGGCAAGCCUGAUGUUGAACUGGAGCAGUGGAGGAACCUUUGCUAUCUACGCCGUCGUGUCUACCAUGGCCCUCAUUUUCGUGUGCUUGUGGGUGCCUGAGACCAAGGGAAGAACGCUAGAGGAAAUCGCCUUCUCAUUCCGCUGACACGUCGUCAUGAUCUAGGUAUGGGAAGCCACACCACACCAUGUGUCAUUGAGUCAUGCCGCGGUGCGUUCAGUUCAUGAAUCCCGCAGGGAUCUUGCGGCCAUUCUGUUGCUUGGAUGUACCACCAUCUUCAGUGUUCAUACCAAUGUACAUUGUACAAUAUGACGACGACGCCAUAGCAGAAAGGCAAGUGGGUUUAUGUUUGUACGAUGGACUAGUAGCAGAAAGCACUCGAACCCCUGUACGGGUUGCGGAGGAGAGCAAUUUAUUUGCUGUAUUUUCCUGGUUCAAUACCGGACACGUUAGAAUUUUGAAAAAUAAAAAUCUGAGCAAAUUUAUCAA